AGCCCACAGCACAUGACGUACGCUUCGGUGCUACGUGCAUGUUGUGAGGAGCUGCAAGCCACUCUCUCACUCUGACACGUAGAAGGUUGUCUGUACGGAGAUUUGUCGGCAGCUCAAGCAGCUUCAGCCUUUUUAGUUCAUCUUUUUUUUAUGAACACAAAACGCUAGGAUGUUGUGGACAGCAAGCCAGGUCUUCAGGAAAUUUUCCACCUCCUCUUAUCACUUCCAGAAUAAGCUCCGACUCGCUAUAAUUGGCCAGAGCUUGUUUGGCAAAGAGGUGUACAGCAACCUGAGGAAAGAGGGUCACAAGGUGGUCGGGGUGUUCACUGUGCCGGACCAAAACGGCAAGGCCGAUCCGCUUGCUUUGGCGGCAGAGAAGGACGGCACACCGGUUUUCAAGUUCCCACGGUGGCGAGUGAAAGGAAAGCCCAUCCCGGAAGUGGUGGAAGCCUACAUGGCGGUGGAUGCCGAGAUCAACGUCAUGCCUUUCUGCUCCCAGUUCAUCCCCAUGAACAUCAUCGAUCAUCCCAAGCACGGCUCCAUCAUUUACCAUCCCUCCAUCCUUCCCCUGCACAGAGGAGCCUCGGCCAUCAAUUGGUCCUUGAUCCACGGCGAUAAGAAAGCCGGCUUCACGGUAUUUUGGGCCGACGAUGGGCUGGAUACCGGACCGAUCCUGCUGCAGCGGGAGUGCGCCGUUGAGCCCGACGACACCGUGGAUACGCUCUACAACCGUUUCCUCUUCCCAGAAGGCAUCAAGGCAAUGGUUGAGUCCGUGCAACUUGUCGCCGAUGGCAAGGCCCCGCGAAUCCCGCAGCCGGAGGAGGGCGCGAGCUACGAAGGCAUUCAGAAGAAAUCCAACGCCAAGAUCAAUCUGGCUCAGCCAGCUCAGGCGAUUCACAACUGGAUACGCGGCCACGACAAAAUCCCCGGCGCCUGGACUGUUAUUGAUGGCAAGUGCGUCACCCUGUAUGGUUCGUCAAUGUUGCAAGGGUCAGUACCAGCUGGCCAGCCACUCGACAUCGAAGGAGCAUCCGCUCAAAGCCUGGUGACAAAAAAUGGGCUUGUGCUACACGGGACUGAUGGAAAAGCUGUUGUUGUCAAAAAUCUGCAAUUUGAAGAUGGAAAAAUGAUACCCGCUUCAAAGUACUUUUCUACCGGCGAAACGCAAAGCGUGGAAUUAACUGACGAUGAGAAAGAGAUCGUGAAGGAGAUGAGGAAUAUCUGGAAGGGCAUUCUCAGCAACGUCGCAGCCAUUGAGGACACGACAGACUUUUUCAAGUCUGGAGCUGCUUCCAUGGAUGUAGUCAGGGUGGUGGAGGAGGUGAAGCAGCGAGCUGGUGUCCUCCUGCAGAAUGAGGACAUUUACAUGGCAACCACCUUUCAGGACUUCAUCCAGAUGUUUGUCCGCAAAUUGAGAGGUGAAGAAGAGGAGGAUGAACUGGUCAUUGAUCACGUCACCAAGGAAAUGAACAGCAUGACGGUGAAAAUGCCGCACCAGUGUUUUAUCAACGGCGCAUUUGUGGACGCCGAAAACGGCAAGACCUACGAUACCAUUAAUCCCACCGACGGAUCGGUCAUUUGUAAGGUGUCCUAUGCUUCAGUGGGGGACGUGGACCAGGCCGUGGCGGCUGCCAAGCAAGCAUUUGAUCACGGGCCCUGGGGCAGGAUGAACCCGAGAGACAGAGGAAAUCUACUUUAUAAACUGGCGGACUUGAUGGAGCAGCAUCAGGAGGAGCUGGCCACCAUCGAGUCCGUCGACUCUGGAGCCGUAUACACGCUGGCCCUCAAGACUCACGUGGGCAUGUCCAUCCAAACCUUUCGCUACUUUGCCGGAUGGUGCGACAAGAUACAGGGCAAGACAAUUCCCAUUAACCAAGCCAGGCCCAACCACAACCUCACCUUCACAAAAAAAGAACCAAUUGGCGUUUGUGCCAUUGUCAUCCCUUGGAACUACCCGCUCAUGAUGCUGGCAUGGAAAAGCGCCGCCUGCCUUGCAGCUGGUAACACGCUCGUUCUUAAACCGGCGCAGGUAACGCCAUUGACUGCAUUAAAAUUCGCUGAGUUGUCAGUCAAAGCUGGCAUUCCGAAAGGAGUCAUCAACAUCUUACCAGGCUCAGGAGGAAUGGUGGGACAGCGCUUGGCCGAUCACCCCGAUAUCCGUAAACUGGGUUUCACGGGUUCGACGCCCAUCGGCAAACAAAUCAUGAAAAGUUGCGCGCUGAGCAAUCUGAAGAAAGUUUCUCUGGAGCUGGGAGGGAAGUCUCCUCUCAUCAUCUUUAAUGAUUGCGACAUGGACAAGGCUGUUCGCAUGGGUAUGAGCUCAGUGUACUUCAACAAAGGGGAAAACUGCAUUGCUGCGGGGCGCCUUUUUGUAGAGGAGUCCAUUCAUGAUGAAUUCAUCAGCCGCGUGGUGGCGGAAAUAAAGAAGAUGAAGAUUGGAGACCCGCUGGACCGAUCCACAGAUCACGGUCCGCAGAAUCACAAGGCACACUUGGACAAACUGCUGGAGUACUGCGAGGUCGGACUAAAGGAAGGCGCCACGCUGGUGUGCGGCGGCAAACAAGUGGAGCGGCCGGGUUUCUUCAUGGAGCCCACUGUGUUCACUGACGUGGAGGACCACAUGUUCAUUGCCAAAGAGGAGUCCUUUGGGCCUGUCAUGGUCGUGUCCAAAUUUAAAGAUGGAGAUGUGGAAGGUGUGCUCCAGCGAGCCAAUGACACCGAGUACGGCUUGGCGUCGGGUGUGUUUACCCGUGACAUCAACAAGGCCAUGUAUGUCAGCGAGCACUUGGAAGCUGGAACGGUGUUCGUCAACACCUACAACAAGACGGAUGUCGCGUCACCUUUCGGAGGCUUCAAGCAGUCUGGCUUUGGCAAAGACCUCGGAGAGGACGCUCUCAUGGAAUACCUCAAGACCAAAGCGGUGACUGUGGAAUAUUGACACGCUUUUCACAGAACGUCAACGAUGACUUAAUAGGAAGGAAUUUACAGCCCCGAUGAGACAGCCAGCGCAAUUCCGAAUCACUUCUGCGGAGCUUAUCAUUCGAUCAAAACCGUGUAAUUGAAUUACAUUGGUUUUCUGUUUCAUAGUGAUGGAUUUUAACCAACUUGUAUUUGGCUCGUGCCCUUUUUUUUUAAAACUGGCAGAGCUAAAUCUUAUUUUUGUAAUCUCCAACUUGUAUUAUUUGUCUUAAUUUUAUUAUUUAAAAAAACAAACAAA